UUGACCUUGCUGAUAUGGCAUCCACUAUAGAUGUUUGACGUGCAUGUUUCAAAUAAAAGAUUUAAUUGCAGAUUAUUAAACUCAAAAACGUUUGAAUGUGUGGUCGGUGCAUUUGAAUAAUUCAGGAUGAUGCAUUUAAAUAUAACCAAUGCAUCCAGUUGAUGAUUCGAAUGGCAUCAUACAAUAUUUGAGAUUCGAUAAUUAAUGAAAAGGAUGUGUAUCCAGUUGCGACUGAAGAAGUAAGCAAUACAAUUUUAUCAAUAGUUAUUCAAACAGUCCUAUGAGGUGCAGUCGGUUUCCGGCCCAUUACUGAAAGAAAACGUGUUUUGUACAUUUCAAAUUAUUAAUUAAUUUCAAAAUAUAAGAAGUAUCUAUGUUAUUUGUAAUAAAUGCCGUAUUCGACAGUAAGGUGGUAUUUUUUCUUUAAUGCCGUACAUAUAAGACAGAUAUUUAGAUUAUUUCUCGUUAAGUGUUGCGUCACAUUUGACCUUGUAGGCUGUAUGUAUUCUUCCAUUUAUUGGUUUCAACAAAUACAAUAAACACAUAGUCAUGGUGAAUCAUUUCUUUUUCAGUGGAUGGUGAUUGGUCCGACUGGUCUAUAUAUAUAUAUUGUGUUUUUCUAAUGGCCUAAAUUCUAAAUCGUUUUAAUAAUGGUAUGCUUAUGAUUACAUAAUUAAAAUUUCAAUCACGUUUGUCUAUAAUAAAGCAGAACACUUAUUUAUAUAAAUGGCAUGUUAAAAAUUGUAAAUGAUGUACAAGGCAACAAGAUUCCAAAAUUGAAGAUUGUUGAACACUUUACCCUCCUAAAUAUCCAUUGGGGGUAUAUUUUGUUUUUCAAUUUGCUAAAUGUAGUAAAAUAUAUGAUAUUUUUUAUUUUCAGUUGAUUUUUACACCACCUCGUUUCACGCAAUUCAAAUUGUGAAUUGUAAAAAUGUUUAUAUAUAUCAGGCAUUUCCCCAAGGCGUGUCCCGUUUCGCGUGUCGAUUUUUUAAUAUUUUGUAAAUGAUCUAAAUCAAAAUUUAGACUAUUCUAUAGCUAUGAAAACACAACAUAUCAUUGUAUUAUUUAUUUAUGUUUUCUUAAAUUUAUUUCACUUUUGUCAAAUAUUAUAAUAUUAAAUAGCAAGCGGAAUAACAGUAGGCCUUUGAAUACAAAAUGAUUGAAGAAAACAUCAACAUUACAUACUUUGCCAUAAGUAUACAGAAAUACAUUGUUAAGUUAAAACAAAUACUGUUCUCUGUGACUUCUCCUGGUGCCAGACAUCCACCAAUCUUCCAAAGUCCACUGCCUCGUUUUGUCCUUUUAUGCUGACCACCAUCAGAGCAUUUAGGACUGCAGACUUCAGGCGAGAGCAAUUAUCUACCCUUUUCAUUGUGCUUAAGCCCCUAUCACAGUCUAAAAACACACAAUGUGUUAAUUACUCUAGCAUUAAUUCUUUUAAAUUGUUUCGAAUUUAAUAGAAAGAGAUAUAUAAGCAAAAAAGCAUCUUUCUUUGUUAGUGUGUUCUUGACAGCCGAGUCAAGCAUCUACAAGUUGAAGAUGCGUAUGUAGAGAAACGAAGGCGAACAACUUACCUAGAUUAUCAUGAGGGAGUUUGUUGUGUGAGGAAUUUCUAGCUUCAUCAAAAAGUUAACAUUCUUAAAGGCUGCCAUCCUGGUACUUUUCUGAAGAGAGUCCAUCCCUUAAAGCUGCACAACUAGAUUACUCAGUCGGUGUACCAUCAGUUGUGUUGCCUUUGAGUGUGUAUAUGUCUUCUGAUGGCGGCUAAGUGAGUCCCUUGCCAUCCAUGUUCAAGGCACGUCUACCCACGGAGCGGUACCGACUGCUAAACGCACUGGUCUGCACAUGUGACGAAUGAACACAAAGAACGUCAUACAUACAAAAGAGCAGACUAGUUAACGAACAGCUGUUUUUAUUAAUAGCCUAUUUUAUGAAUAUAAAGCUAUAUUAAGAUGUGAUUUCAUAUUGAAAUAUAACUACCCCAAGUAUCUGAUAUACGCUUCCAGUGAAAGAUACACAUUUUUAAUUCACUUGCGAUUUCGUUUGUGUUUUGUUUUCACUACAAAUUUAAAAAUAAAUAAUAAGGUCAGUAGAAAAAGUCUUACCUCCUCCAAGCUUCUCUGACCCAUGGAAAAUCUUGCUUCCUGCUACUGUCGAACCCACUGGCAUGCUGUAUCGCUUGCUUUAUGGUCUCAGGAUUACCGGCAAGGUCCUGGACACUUACACUUGCACGUAUUGCAAUAUCUUAGAGAUACGAUUCAUAAGUAGUCCGGACCAAGAAACAUGUAAUUGCAGAUUUAAAACCGGACCCAAGAACUUGUUUUUUCUUAGGUUUAAUCAUUCUGUCAUGCACACAAAUGUAUAAAGCGUAUUCCUUAAAUAUCAAAUAACCUAUUGGGUGUGACUAAUGAAAUUUUGGUGCUGUUUAUUUAUAGUUGCCACUGAGAAAAAUAGUGUGGACAUAUUUUAAGAAGGCGGGAGCAAUUUAAUAGGACGUUUGAAAUGUAAUUACCCACUACCGCAACAAACACCAGUUACUUUUUAUUGUUAAAAUACCGCUGACAUAGUCGUUAACAGUUAAAAUUAAAAACACACAUUUAGCACACCUUUAAUUGCUAUAACGAAACGUGUACCGGUAUAAUAGAUCGAUAUCGACCAUUAUUAGUAGGCAAACACCAUUUCAUCUACUGUAUAACCCCUUAAUGAGCCCCACACGAGAUGAGAUGACGCAGCUUUCGCAACAGAGAUAAUCAGAGACGAGGCUUAUCAGCAGCGGAGCAGGCGACAAAAUUUUCAAUCUGUGUAAAUUCGGAAUUUUCACGUACAAUAAAUAGCACACACACGGGUAAGUUGAAAUAAUAAUAUUUAUUAUAUUCAUCGUUGUUCUUUCAAGCGAAUUUUCAUGUUUUAGACGGAAAACAUACGGGGUUUAUUGGCCAGCAAUAGUGUCGACAAUAAUUAUGCAGUUUUUAUUAGUCAGAAAUGAUGUACAGGAGGUAUAAGUGUCCCUAGUUUACCAUUUUUGCAGUACUGCGAGUGCAAAAAAUUUGCAACGCAAGUGAAAAUCACAUUGCAAAGUUAAAAUGCAAACGCUAUAUAAUUAAAAUACGGAUGUGUAUUCUCAUUAACUCGCAGUAACACUGCGAAUGCCUGAACGGCUCCAUGUCCAAAAAUGGCGAAUUAAUUUGUAACGGACACUGGGACGAAUACAUACUGGCAAAUCCAGAUCAAUGAGAACCCUACAUUCUCAUCCGUAAACAUAUUCAUAUAAUCGGACAUACAUUGCGCAUAUAUAAACUUGUGUAUGAACAUAUUAAUAUACGCAGAAAAAUAUCUGCUUUACCGCCAACAGGCAAACAAUAUUGUCCUCAAAAGUAGGUCAAUAUAAACUACGCUGUUACACGCUAUUGAUAGAGCUUGAUUUUUCGUAUGCGCUACCUAGCAUAGUAGAUACAGCGAACAUCGCUGCAAUUGUCGCAUGUCGCAUGGCGUGUUUUACGUAUCCUGUUUUGUGGCUUUGAAACGCGCCGCGCAGAAUACUCAUUGAGGGUUGUUCUACAAUUACUGAUAGUUCAACGGCCGGUUGUAAACAUGGCAAUUAAACAAUCCGGGAUAACCAUAGGGAUUGUAUGAACGGAUAUUAUUUUAUUCUGGCCGCAAACUGCUGGUAAUAAUACUUAAAUGUUCACCCUAACGGGAAAUGGAGCAAACAUUUAUACCGGGGUUUAAUUUUAUUUUGUAGAACAUACAAUGUCCGAUCAGCCAGGACUUAACCCUCCAGGGGCCCCUGAGCAAAGAGGGGAAGAAAUUUUACAAGAACUGAACAAAAACAUGAGUAAAUUUGCGGACAUUGCACGAUCAGUGGGUGAAAUGAAAUCGACCAUUGGAAACCUUCAAAAAGACGUGAAAGAAAUUAAACGCAAAAACCAAGAAGAGGCGGGGCCGUCAAAAAAGUCACGAAUUUCGGACUCGGAUAUGUGCCAGUCGGGUCCGUCCAAACAGUUACAAGCACCUGCGGUUACAGUUGCCGAAAGUUCCGAUUCGGAAUCGGAACCAAUGGACGCAGAAAUAGACGAACUGCAGGGUUAUUUGGAUGAGGAAAGCUGUUCGGAUGAGGAGGAUUGCGAUCUUAUAACAGAGUUAACGCAAUUCUGUACUGAAACAACGGAAACUGGUGAGGCCGUAUCACCUAACAUCGCUGAGAUUACAAACAAGGCAAUAAAAAACAAGCAGUCAGAAGAAAAAAUCAAAGAGAUUCUGAACAGACAUAAACGGCCAGUCAACAUCGAGUUCCUUCAAGUCCCCAAGGUUGAUGAAUUUCUGUGGAGACAAUUAAAACAGUCUCCAAGACAUUCAGACUUUAUCCUGCAAAAGUCUCACAGCACGCUUGCACAAGUAGCGGUACCAAUCAUAAAGGCACUUGAGAGGAUUCAAACAUCCAAAGAUAAAGUACUGAAACAGCUGUUAUCGGACGCAUUCAAAUUGGCAACCAAUGGGAUACAGAAGACGACCAAUUACAGAAGAGAGAAACUAAAAAAGGAAUUGCAACCCCGCUAUAGACAUCUAGGAAAUUUGGACUCCUCAGUAGAAAAGCUGUUCGAAAAGAUUCCAGAGGCUAUUAAAACCACCGAAGGAGCCAAACAAAUCGUCAACAUGCGCUACGCUCCAACUCAACGGAAGCCUUUUUUAGGCCAGCGCCCAAAUCAGCACAGGUGGAAUCCGGGAGCAAAUCAAUUCAGAAGAAACAACCACGCAUACCAGCACAAACGCAGGGGAAAUUUCAAGAUGCACCCCAAACAGAAAUAAACUUUAAUAUCAAAGGUGCUACAGAAAGUGGUGGAAGACAGGACAGAAGCCGUUCUAGUGGGCCCAAUUUGGCCAACACAGCCAUGGUGGCCCAGUCUAUUACAGUUGAUCAGCGGAUCAUGCCAUCUACUUCCACUUCCGAAAUCUAUUCUGACACUUCCACACAAACCAAACAAAAUGUAUCCACUUCCCAAAAUGAGACUAGGACUUUUUCGCUUAUCAGGAAAUCGCUCAAAAACAAAGGAAUUUCAAAACAAGCUAGAGACAUUAUCCUCGGAUCGUGGAGAGAAACUACAAAGAGACAAUAUGACGGAUAUAUUAAGAAAUGGAUUAACUACUGUGGACAAUCGAAGAAUCCCAUUAAACCCAAUCUAAAGCAUGUUAUUAAUUUUCUGACAUCUUUAUUCAAACAAGGUCUUAGUUAUAGUGCGUUAAAUACAGCACGAAGCGCACUUAGUACAUUCUUAAAACUGUGUGGCAAUAUAAACAUUCAUGAUGAUGACAUUUUAUCAAGAUUUAUGAGAGGCUGUUUCAAUACACGACCAGCUUUCCCACGUUAUCAAUGCAUAUGGGAUGUUAAUAUUGUUCUUGAUUUUUUACAUUCACUGAAAACUGAUAACCUUGCAUUUUUAUCCCACAAAUUAUGCAUGCUUUUCUUACUAGUCACUGGACAGAGAUGUCAAACUCUACACUCCCUCAAAACUACUGAUAUUCAAAUCAGUGCAGACAAGCAAACAAUCGUCAUAUCACCUAAACAAUUGUUAAAACAUUCCAGACCAGGAACACAUUUGAGGCCCAUUGUUCUUCAUAGAUAUGAGGGGGGAAGGGACAUUUGUAUUGUGGAAACAAUGUGUAAAUACCUCGAUAUAACCGAAUCGUUAAGACAAGAUGAUUAUUUAGUCAUAAGUACAGUUAGUCCUUUCAAACAUGUUUCCAAAUCCACAAUUAGCAACUGGAUAAAGAAAGUCUUAACCUCAGCCGGUAUUGACAAACAGUACAAACCCCAUAGCACUAGAUCAGCAGCAACUUCCAAAGCUAGCAAAGGAGGGGUUGCACUAGAUCAAAUUAUGGCAGCAGCCGGGUGGACAAAUGCAAAGACAUUUGCCAGAUUCUAUUCACGGGAAAUAGUACAUAACACCACUAAUUUUCAAUCUGCUGUGCUGAACAAAUGAGGUAGACAUGUAAAUAAACGGACAUACAUAUCUAUAUGCAACAA